ACUGCUUCCUGUACCACCGUGACGUAUGAUGCCAGGUCUGUGAUCAUUAAUGGGAAACAUCAGCUUCUAUUUUCCGGAUCAAUUCAUUAUCCUCGUAGCCCGGUGGAAAUGUGGCCUGAUAUUCUGAGGAAGGCUAGACGGGGAGGUUUGAAUGUGAUUCAAACUUAUGUGUUUUGGAACAUUCAUGAACCUGAGAAAGGCCAGUGGAACUUUGAGGGAAACUAUGAUUUGGUGAAGUUUAUUAGGAUGAUCCAGGACAAUGGAAUGUAUGCUACCCUCAGGGUUGGACCAUUUAUCCAAGCAGAAUGGAACCAUGGAGGUCUCCCAUACUGGCUGAGAGAGGUCCCUGACGUCAUUUUCCGAUCAGAUAAUGCACCAUACAAGAAACACAUGGAGGAGUAUGUGACCAAGAUAAUGAAGUUGAUGAAGGAUAAUAAGCUAUUUUCUCCACAGGGAGGUCCAAUCAUCCUAGCUCAGAUUGAGAAUGAGUACAAUGCUAUCCAACUUGCAUAUAGAGAGUUGGGAGAUAGCUAUGUGCAGUGGGCAGCAAAUUUAGCAGUUGGACAGAAUAUUGGUGUGCCAUGGGUCAUGUGCAAGCAAGUAGAUGCUCCUGAUCCAGUGAUUAAUACUUGCAAUGGAAGGCAUUGUGGAGAUACUUUUGUAGGACCUAACAAACCCAACAAGCCUGCCCUGUGGACUGAAAAUUGGACAGCUCAGUACCGAGUAUUUGGUGACCCUCCUUCACAAAGGCCAGCAGAAGACAUUGCAUUUUCUGUUGCCAGAUUUUUCUCCAAGGGUGGAUCUCUAACCAACUACUAUAUGUACCAUGGUGGAACAAAUUUUGGAAGAACAAGUGCUGUUUUCACAACAACUCGCUACUACGAUGAGGCUCCUCUGGAUGAAUAUGCAUUCCAAAGGGAACCGAAAUGGAGUCACCUCAAAGACUUGCACAAGUCUAUAAAUCUAUGCAAGAAGACUUUGCUUACUGGAAUUCCCGGAACACAAAGGUUGGGGCCAGAUACUGAGGUUCGUUUCUAUGAGAAGCCAGGAACAGAAUGUGCUGCUUUUAUAGCCAAUAAUCACACGACCUUGGAAGCAACAGUAAAUUGGAGGGGACAGAACUAUCUCCUGCCACCAUUUUCCAUUAGUGUCCUCCCUGACUGCAAGACUGUGGUCUUUAAUACUCAACAGAUUGUUUCCCAACAUAAUGCUAGGAACUUUGUUACGUCUGCUAAGCAAAUGAACUGGGAAAUGUAUCUUGAACCCGUUGCAACUGUGGAGCAAGUCCCAGUCAAUAAUAGGGAACUACAGGAGCUCUAUGGCUUGCUAAAAGAUAAAACAGAUUAUGCAUGGUACACAACUAGUAUUGAGCUAGGUCCAUAUGACUUGCCAAUGAAGGACACUAUCAGCCCAGUGGUACGAAUUCCUAGUCUCGGUCAUGCAAUGCUUGUGUUUGUCAAUGAUGAAUAUGCUGGAUCCCAACACGGUACCCACGCAGAGAAAGGUUUCGUGUUCGAGGCACCUGUUAAAAUGAAGAAAGGGACGAACCAUAUCUCUCUGCUUUGCAUGACAGUGGGACUUCCAGAUAGUGGAGCAUACAUGGAGCACAGGUAUGCAGGGCCUCGUUCUGUAACAAUCCUAGGAUUGAACACCGGAACAAUUGACGUGUCUGCAAAUGGCUGGGGACAUAGGGCUGGCCUAAAUGGUGAGAAGCUCCAAGUGUUCACUGAACAGGGAGCUCAGAAAGUGCAAUGGACUAAGGCAACAGGUAUAGGAAGGGCUCUGACAUGGUACAAGACAACUUUUGAUGCUCCUCCAGGAGGAGACCCUUGUGCUAUCCGAAUGACCGGUAUGGGCAAGGGAAUGAUUUGGGUGAAUGGUAUAAGCAUCGGGCGUCAUUGGAUGUCCUUCCUCUCUCCUCUUGGACAACCUACUCAAACCGAGUACCACAUCCCUAGAGCCUUCAUCAAGCCUAAGAAUCUCCUUGUUGUAUUGGAGGAGGAGCCAUCAGACCCGAAAGACAUUGAGAUCGUAACAGUAAACAGAGACACCAUAUGCAGCCUUAUUGGACAGGACUAUCCGGGACAUGUUAAGUACUGGGACAGAAAGGCUGGCAUCCUCCAACAUGCUCCUGGGAAAAGUCUCCAAGCAACAGCUCUCCUCAACUGUCCAGACUACAAAAAGAUUAGUAAAAUUGAAUUCGCGAGCUACGGCAAUCCUGAUGGUUCCUGUGGAGCCUUGACAAUGGGAACAUGCAAUGCUCCUGAAUCCAAGAAGGUCGUCGAAGAUCUAUGCUUGGGAAAGAUGAUAUGUACAGUCCCACUUGACCCCAAACUCUUCUUCAAGGCUGGUGAUCCCUGCCCUGGUACCAAGAAGAAACUAAUGAUCCAAGCAUUGUGCAGCUUCAAGUGA